AUGAAAACCUUUACAUGGAAAUUACCACGAACAGUCAAACUAAUUUUGUUUGCUGUUAUAAUUUACAUUCUUUAUCUUGGAAACAAAACUAAUUCAAUGAGAAGACUAGGAAAUGACUCUUCUAGUUCUGAUAUAAUCAUUGAUAGUGUGUACAAAGGCUUGAAAAAACCUAUCUUGGAAAGACCAAAAAACGACCCCAAAACUUUAGGACAAGGAGGUCAUGCCGUAAGACUGAUGGAACCUGGUGAAAGGGAAAAACAAGAAAAAAGCAUUCAGAUAUAUGCUGUUAAUCAGUAUGUGAGUGAAAAAAUAUCACUACAUCGUGAAAUCGAAGAUACUCGGCAUGAACAUUGCACAUCUCGUCCUCCUUUUGAUUAUCGGAAUAUGCCAACAACUUCUGUUGUUAUUGCUUUUUAUAAUGAAGGAUGGACAACACUGAUUCGUACAAUAUUCAGUGUACUUCACACGUCACCUGCCGGUUUGUUGAGGGAAGUAAUUCUGGUGGAUGACUAUAGUGACAAACCUUAUCUCAAAAAACAGUUAGAAAAGUAUUUAAAAGAUAUUGAAAGAGUUCGCUUGAUACGAACCGUAAAGCGUGAAGGACUGGUGCGAGCUCGUUUGCUUGGUGCUUCACAUGCUAUGGGGGAUGUUCUAACAUUCUUGGAUUGCCAUUGCGAAUGCAUGUAUGGUUGGCUUGAACCUUUACUUGAACGAAUAAUGCAGGAAGAGUCAGCAGUUGUUGUUCCGGUUAUCGACACUAUUGAUUAUGAUACAUUCCAAUAUUACUAUGGUGGUCAUGAACCACAAAUUGGUGGGUUUGAUUGGAGAUUAAAUUUUCGAUGGCAUUUAAUUCCAUAUACAGAAAGAAAACGUAGAAAAGGACCUGUUGAUCCGAUUCGCUCUCCAACUAUGGCUGGUGGACUUUUUGCUAUCAGUAAAGCUUAUUUUUCGCACAUUGGUACUUACGACACUGGCAUGGAAAUAUGGGGUGGUGAAAACCUUGAAUUAUCUUUUAGAGUAUGGAUGUGCGGCGGAGUGCUAGAAACAAUACCAUGUUCUCAUGUAGGACAUGUUUAUCCAAAACAGGCACCAUAUCCAAGACCCAAGUUUUUGCCCAACACACUUCGUGCAGCGGAAGUUUGGAUGGAUGAAUACAAAAGGCAUUUUUACAUCAGGAAUCCCCCCGCCAAAUGUGAAAAAUAUGGGGACAUAAGUGAAAGGAUAAGUUUGCGUGAGCGCCUCAAUUGUAAAUCUUUCAAGUGGUAUCUAAGAAAAAUAUAUUCAGAUUUACAUGUCCCUGAAGACAAGCCAGGAAGUUAUGGGUCCCUUCAUAACAGAAUGUUCAAUACAUAUUGUUUGGAUUAUGCCGCACCCCCGUCAAAUCCUACAGGUGGAAAAGUAGCAAUGUAUGACUGUCAUGGGCAAGGUGAGAAUCAAUUUUUCGAAUAUACAUCCAGACACGAAAUACGGCAUAAUCCCGAAAAAGAAAUGUGCCUAAGUGCAAUGAAAUCAGAGGAUGGUGUAACUAUGCUUGAUUGUGUAGAAGAUCACAGAGAAGUACCAGAAUUACAAAUAUGGAUUAAAGAUGGUGAAUUAUUUAGGAAUCCUUCAACUAAUAAAUGUGUAGAGGGUGUAGUUAAAGGGCAAAAUGCAUUAACUUUCAUCAGAGAUUGUGAUGAAAACAAUAAAGCUCAACAGUGGUUUUGGAUGCAGUAAGAAGAAAUUUGCGUCACAGAACCACACACACAGAAGCUAACAGGUCAUAUAGAAUGUCAAAUCAAAUUGGGAAGGUUCUUUCUGCUUUGCUUCUUGGUGUAUGGUUUUGUGUUUCACUAUUUGAGCUCCCUAUAAUUGUUUG